AAAAUAGUCAUGGGAUUCCAGGCAAGUUGGUCUGGCGAGGCUUGGGGCGUUCUUCAUUCAGAACUGACCAAUCCGAUGCGCCGGGGAUAAUUGUCAAGUCCCGAAAAAGAAAGUGCGACCAGCAUCAAAUCUUGAGUGUCUUCGCACCUCACAGGCCCCAGCGCACAACCCCUGUUCUCAAGGUCAUCCGCUUUUAAAGUGUCAUAUGGAGUAAAAUGGAAGAAGAUUCGGGCAAGCUGAUCAAUUCAGUUUGGUCACGGGAGUUGGAUCUUCCACCAAGUUGUAUUGAGUUCUGCCCAGCUCACCCGUCUUACUUUCUGGUCGGGACCUACAAUCUACAGAAAGACGAAGUUGAUGCGCACGCGCCAGAGCAAGACGCCAGUGAUGAUGACAACAAAGACGACGCGAAGUCACAGGCUGCUAAGCCAAAGAAAGCUCAAAGUCGAAAUGGAAGCAUCCUCGUCUUCCAGUUACAGGACGAUAACAACAUAGUUCCUAUUCAAACUGAGCCUCAGCCAUCUGCUUUGCUGGAUCUUCAUUUCAACCCGAUUGAGGGAUUUCGGGACAUUUGCGCAACGGUCUCAAGUACGGCUACCCUUGCCAUCUUCAAGCUCUCGCCCGGUCCUGAAGAUGACAAGCCUUUAAAGCACCUAAACACGAUGGACAUUUCAUCGUUGUCAGGAGGGGAUAUUUCUGCUUCAGAUGGGUCGGAAAUAUUGUUUCUAUCUGUUUGCUGGCACCCAUCCCGAGCAGAUAUGCUGGCGGUUACCACUAAUACCGGCCAUGUCUACUUGGUGCAUCUGCCAGCUUGGGACAAGGGCUGGAAACUUCUACCAGAGCCGGCGACCACUCACACAUUGGAGGCCUGGACGGUGAACCUAUCGCCUUAUCUCGGGCCCACUGACUCGCCAGAAGAAGUAGCUUUCAGAAUAUUCUCGGGGAGUGAUGACUCCAAACUGCGUUUUGGAACAGUUAUCUGGAGUCCCUCAGACGAUCAUCUCACUGAGACUAUUUCUGCUAUCGAGGCCAGGGGUCAUGAUGCUGGAGUAACAGCAAUCUUGCCUCUCUUUGUCCUAGAAGAUGGAUCGGAGCUGCUUGUCACAGGGAGUUAUGAUGAGAAUAUCAGACUCUUUUCACUGGCUCCAUAUGGGAGGCCCAAAAACCUCGUCGAGAUGGGACUUGGGGGAGGUGUGUGGAGGCUGAAAUUAAUCAAUCUUGACAAGACACCGAGCCCGACCUACAACUGGAGGGCACGGAUAUUGGCAUCAUGCAUGCAUGCCGGCUCGAGGGUGGUGGAUGUUCUGCAAACCGUGGAUGGAGAGCACCAUGUUCGAGUUCUUGGCCGGUUUGAGGAACACAAGAGCAUGAACUAUGGAAGCGACUUUCAUCCCCAGAGAAAAGACAGCUUGACAGUUGUGUCGACUAGUUUCUAUGAUAGGCUCCUCUGUUUGUGGCAACUAGAUAUAGCAUGAGGCUAGAGAGUACUAAGUAGGGAAUCUGGGAAUAGUGAGCAAACUUAAGAUACAUCAUGUCCAAAGACUGAGGAUGACAGGAGCAUUUGAGUGCCUGCAGUGUGUGUU